AUGGUGUCGCCGUCCCAACUGAAAGGGUGGACUAUUGCCGCACCAUGUUACCUCCCAUUUGGCGUUAUUCUUUGUGCAACUUGGCUUUUGCGCGCGCGAAAGCUCGGAGAAAAGCAAGGCUCCCCAAUCGAAUUCGCGUACGACCCGGGGCCAGGUGCUUGGGGCUUAGAGAGCGGCGAGACAGCAGCAAUAAACAACGUGGUGUCCUGGUCGACGGAUGAUGUUCACAAGGAUCGGCGCAGCCCCGGUCGCGCGAGGCCCACCCGGGAAUAUGCAACCCAAAACCCCUUUUUCAACGACAUUCAAGCGCGAGUCGUGCAAUUCGAUAUCAUCACCGCCGCCUUUCGAAUAGGCGCAAAUCGCGCUUUAGGCCCGGAUUUCGUACCAGAGUAUCCGUACAAUCCAUCUGUGAUGCUUUGA